AAAAAAGUUAAAUACGUUUUUUGUUUGAUACGCUACAAACGUUUGAAUAGGGAAUAAUUUCUGUGAUAGUGAAUGCAUAGUUUUUCUUAAAACGCUGUAGAAUUUUAGUUUUAACAAUAGAAAUAACUUUUUGAAAUCAUGGUAACCUGUCUGUGUUUGUCAUCAGUCGACAUAAAACUCACAUUUUUGGUAAAGUUAAGUCAUUACGUUGUUUUCCUGCAAUGUGUCAAAUAUUCUAUGAGGCGCCUUCAAGUGCCAAUUAAUUUUUUUUAAAACGUUUCCUUAAAUAAACAUGCGGCGACUUGAAUUGUAUUCAACCUGUUUAUUGAUUGUCUGUCGUCCGGCGCUGGCGCAUGAAAUGAACUUGACGUCUCUUGGACUCAAGUUAGAGCGGCCGAAUGAAACGAAUGCAGUGCCUUUGAACCAAGAACCUAUUGUGCAACUAUCCUUACGCCCAGAAAUUCCGAGACGUCCAAAUUUAAAGGUGCCGCACACGAAUGGAGUAAAUACUGCUGUGAACAUCGCAGAGUCUGCCAUGCAGGUACUGAAUCAUUAUAUUCCUACGCUUAUGAGUAACAACGGAAGCCUUGUUCAAACAAUCACAAAGGUGGCAGGAAAAUUUCGAAGCACAAAAGAAAAUUCAAAUUAUGUCAAUCCCUUGGGAUUAGCAUGUAAUCCGAAAGAAGUGCGUUUGUGUUCUCCCAAGACUUUAACAACAACUCGUCCACCACUUUUCGACUAUCGAGAUGUAGAGUCUCUUAAAAAACGAGGUGCUUCAGUACAAAAAGCUUCCGCAAAACGCCGUCAAAUUCUUUCAUCUAACUACCAGGUACCGAAUAUUCAACCCAACACACUUGAAGGAAUUCCAGACAAGAUACUGUCCUUAUUACAAAGAGCACAACAAGCUUUAGAAACAACUUCACCUUUACCUAAGCAGUACUAUCUUUUAUAAAUUAGCAGAUACUAGCAAUUUUUAACUAAACAUCUUUAGAAAACAAUUUAAUAAACUUUUUAAAAUA